UUUUCAGGGGAAAGUCAAAAACCUGUGCUAAGAAAGUCGUUAGAAAUCACUAGAUGACGCAAUAGCCUAAUUUGCAUAUUAAUUGAAUCGUUGUUUGCAUCAAAAUCUGUUCAAUUAAGAACAAGAUUUUCAGACGACACUUGAAAUACAAUGGAAAAAUAAUAGAUGAAAAAUUUUCUUACAGAACAUCUUUGGUCAUGGCACCAAAAGAUAUCUACGUAAUUUCUAUAAUGAACCGAAGAUGCAGAAGCGGUGGCAGUGAAUAGUCAGGAAACAGACCGCCCCGGUGUUGCUAAGCAACGCACAGACUGACAUCCCAUAGAAGAAGUGAAGAUAAAAAUCAAGGACCUGAACGAACACAUUGUGUGCUACCUGUGUGCAGGAUAUUUCAUCGAUGCCACGACUAUUACCGAGUGUCUUCACACCUUUGUUUAGAACCUUGCUGGAGGACAUGUUGCAGUCAGAUCUCUCUGGAUAUACCCCUAUUCCUACAGGAGGACAUGCUGAUGUUGCUGGCUGUUGACAAAGUCACAUCAUCUUAUUUCACAGUCUGCAAGAGUUGCAUUGUGAAAUACCUCCAGACCAGCAAAUAUUGUCCAAUGUGUAACAUCAAAAUUCAUGAAACACAGCCCUUGCUAAAUCUUAAGCUGGACAGAGUAAUGCAAGACAUAGUUUACAAACUUGUUCCAGGUCUACAAGAGAGUGAAGACAAGAGAAUCAGGGAAUUUUAUCAGUCAAGAGGUCUUGAGCGCAUCAUACAACCAUUAGGGGAUGACUCAUUGCCAGAUAAUACAGGAUUACCAUACACCAGCUUUGAUCACUCUAAAGCCCAUUUCUACAGAUAUGAUGAACAAGUCUCGCUAUGUCUGGAGAGACAAAGCUCAUCAUUAUCUGGAAAAGACAAAAAUAAAUUAACUUUACAGCAGAAGUUUGUGCGCUGCUCAGUCCGAGCCGAGGUCAGACACCUGAGGAAAGUUUUGUGCCAUCGACUCAACGUGGAGAGGCACCAGGUCCAGAUGCUUUUUAAUAAUGAAUCUCUACCGGAUCACAUGACCAUGAAGCGUCUUUGGCUGUCACACUGGUUUGGAAAGGCUCAACCACUGGUUCUUCACUAUGCCAUCAAGGACAAGAGAGCGAGAUAGGAUAGUAAAAUAGUAUCUACUGGUGUAAAUAUUUUGUAUUUCACAUAUUCUAUUUUAAUAGUUUUUUCUCUGCAUAUAUACUUAUUUUUGUUUUGUAUUUUUGAAAAAAAAAUAAAUGUAAGUGUAAAAAAAAAA